UUUACGCACACACUUCCUUCUUUGUGGUACAACCGAUCUACAGUGUGUUUUAUGCGCGAAACGGUUCUGUCUGCGCCGUCUUUUGAAAGAUUUUAAGACGAAAAUUCAUCAGAAAUGGCCGACAGUGCACCAAAGCUUGCAAGAGAUAGCACGAUGAACGUCACAGCCAAGGAGGGAGUGGAGUUUCUGAAGUCACAAGGAGCUGAUCACCUCUUGCCAGAAGACCCUGAUAAGCCUGAGGUACAGAGGGACACCACCAUUCAGGCUACAGUCAAGGAGAGUGAGGCAAUCCUGAAGGAUGCCAACAUUGACAAGGAUGCCAGGACAAGAGGUGAGCAACAGCGUCUCCAAGAGAUUUCUGAGGAAACAAAAGUUGAUGAUCCACCUAGGGUGCCAAGAGAUCAUACUAUGAAGGAAACAGCAAAGGAAGCUCAGGAACUGCUUGGUGAUGCACCUAUUGGAGAGACUCGUUCCCAAACACGAGACAUAACAAAGGCAGCAGCCGAAGAAGAAGAAGAAGAGGAGGAAGAGGAGGAAGAUGAGGAAGAGGAAGAGGAUGAUGGAGUAGAGGAUGGAAAUGAAGAAGAAGAUGAAGAAGUAACCAGCUUGAAAAGAACUCACACCAUGGCAGAAACAAUGCAGGAGGGCCAAGAAUUCCUGAAGAGACAGAAGACUAAUGGAGAUGUUGCCAAAAAAGAUGCUGCAGAGGAUGCCUAAGAUGAAGCCCCAACACCUUGACAGAAGUAGACCACCAGUCCUGCUUCAGCCUUAUUGUUGAGACUAAUCAAUAUAAGGAUGGGUCUGUAGAAAAAAGAACACACUUUAUUUGGAAUAAUUCUGGUUCAUUGUUUGUGGAUGUAACCUAUACUUGUAGAUGGUAACUUUAAGCAUGUAGAUUUCUUUAGCAGUUGUUUGCUGUUUACUUGCAUUCAUUUCCAGAGUUGUACGCAUAAAUUAAGUGCAUAGUUCUGUUUACAUUUCAUAAUUUGUAUGGACCACAUAAUUUUGUGACUUCCUUGGCUAGCAUUUGGUGAAACCAAAUUUUGCCCUAAAAUACAGAAUACAUUUACAUGUGCACAAAUGUAUGCAUGUUGAUAAGGUUAAAAAGACAAAUAAGGGGGAAAUAGCCAAAAAUAUGAAUUUGCAUGUUUUAUACUCCUUGGGUAAUUUAUAUGUAUGUAGUUUCAUACAAGUAAGACCAUUGUGAAAAAUAUUUUGCCCUCGCUCCAAAUCUCACAUCGAUCUUUAUUUCAGCAAUUCAUAUAUCGGUAUCCAUCAUAAAGUAGUGUGGCCAACAACCACUGGUCUUUUGUCCAAGGCAGUUAUUUUUAUUAACCCGGAAUUAGACUUGUAAAAUUCUGAGCACCAUUUUCAAAAUCCUAUUUAAAAAUAAUGUGAUGAAGUCAGUGUUUUUAAAUUUUAUAUCAAAAAUUUGUAUAAUUUGUAUGCAGAUGAUUUUCAUUGAUUGAAUUUUUCAGUGUUUUAAGUCCUUUUUGUAAAUAUUUUCAAAGUCAAGAAUUCAUCUUAAUAAAAAUGAACACAGAUUCCCCAUUAAGAUGGAUAUCAUGAAGGUCCAGAGGAAAUCAGUGACCUGGGUAUUUCUAACUUAAUCUUUGUUUUGAAAGAAUUUAUGCUGGUCGCAACUAGAAAGAACGAAAAAGACGUGUCUGAAUAUUGGCUGCACUUGGUGCAGAGAACAAAAAACAAUUUAAUACUGAAAUAUUCCAACCUUCUUGUUAAAUCGUUUCUAUCUAUAAAUUGUAAACAGGGUUUUAGUUGCAUAUGUGGUAAAAGGCCAGUGGUUAAAGAAGUUGCACGUGAGGAAUACACUGGGUUUCAGUUUGGUAUCGCCGUUUGCAGCCAAGUCCAUCCAUGGCUAUAGUUAGUCUGUGUACAUAGAGGUUCAAGUUUAGUUCUCGUGACGUGUUACUGCUCAUUGAAUUAAAAUCUUAAAAAUUAGGUGCUGCCGCGUUUGUAUUGUUCAAAGUCACUUGUGCUACAUUUUCAUUUAUUUUAAAAUGAUGGAUUCGUAAUGGUCGUUAUGAGUAAUAUAUUUUCUGUAUAAAAACUCAAAUUCACGUGUUUUAAAGGACCGUUUAUGCGAUACAAAACUCAAACUUUAUUAUAAGAUAGACACCGGGUAAUAUACAUAAACUUGAUACCUUUGUCACGUUUAAAAAAUACCUCUUUUUAAACAACUCUCCUUAACUUCAGUCACAUACAAUAUUCGGAAUCCAUUUGUAACUGGAUUUUGUUUGAGAAUGAAUAAAUAGUUCAUAGCUUUCUUACCCUUGAA